AUGCCGCAGAAAGCCGGCUCGAAGCGCAAAGCCUCCUCUCCUCUUGUGUCCGACAGUGCAGCACCCGCACCAUCCUCUCCCGCCGCCGCAGACCUCACCAGCAGCAACAAGCGACCCCGCCCCGACUUCUCCGACCGCAGCCGCUACCAAGACUCCUCGGUAGAAGAAGAGUAUGGCAUCGUGCUCCGCAAAUACUACCCGCCCGAAAUCACCAACGAGCGCGCCAAACGGUACGCGUCUGGAGAGCUUGAGCGGCCGAUCCAAACACUCGAGAAGGCGCUCUCGGAGACAGAAGCGGCGCGCGCCGACGUGGCCUUGGGCGACAGCGUGGUGUUUUGGUUCAAGCAAGAUCUCCGCGUUGGAGACAAUCGCGGGCUGAGUGCGGCGGCGCGGUGCGCGGAACAGGCUGGCGUGCCUCUCGUCUGCGUCUACCUGGCGAGUCCGCAGGAUUGGGAGGCGCAUCUGACGAGCGCCAUACGGAUCGAUUUCAUGCUGCGGUGCUUGCAUGUAUUAAAGGAAGAUUUAGCAGGUUUCGACGUGCCGCUUUACGUCGAGACGGUGGCAAAAAGGAGGAACGUUGGCAGGAGGCUGUUGGACUUGUGCACCGAGUGGGGUGCGAGACACCUGUUCUGUAAUAUUGAGUACGAGGUGGAUGAGCUGCGGCGAGAGGCUCGGCUGGUGAGGGACGGGUUGCAGAAUGGGAUCGCCAUGCAAGCGGUGCACGACACCUGUGUAGUUAAGCCGGGAGAGCUGAAGACUGGGGCAGGUGGACAGAUCAGUGUCUACAGUCCGUGGCAUCGCAAGUGGUGUGCCUACCUCAAUGCAAGUCCGGAGACACUGGAGGAGGCGAGGCCGCCGAUGCGGAACCCGGCGUCGGCGAGGAAGAAGUUCAAGCAUCUUUUUGAGUGUGAAAUCCCAGAGGCGCCUGAGGAGAAAAGGCUGAGUGAAGACGAGGAGGAGAGAUUCCGGAAUAUGUGGCCGGCAGGGGAGCACGAGGCUAGAGAUCGGCUCGACAAAUUCGUGGCAGAGCGAAUAUCCCGGUAUCAUGAGACGCGUAACUUACCUGGCGGGAACGGUACUUCAACCUUGUCGGCGCACCUGGCCGCCGGGACUAUUGCGGCGAGAACCUGCGUGAGGGUGUCGCUGGACGCCGCUCCCGGGAAGAAGGUCUCGGAUGACCGCAAAGUGGGCCAUAGCAUGUGGUAUGGCGAGGUGGCGUGGCGGGACUUCUACAAGCAUGUCCUCUGCAACUGGCCGUACGUUUGCAUGAACAAACCAUUCAAGCCAGAGUACAGCAAGAUCGAAUGGGAAUACGACAAGGAGCAAUUCAAGGCGUGGACGGAGGGCAAGACAGGAUUUCCCAUCGUCGACGCAGCGAUGCGACAGGCGCGGUAUUCAGGGUACAUGCAUAACCGCUGCCGCAUGAUCGUGGCAUCCUUUCUCGCCAAGGAUCUCAUGAUCGAUUGGCGGAUGGGAGAGCGCUGGUUCAUGGAGCAGUUGAUCGACGGUGACUUUGCAUCCAACAACGGCGGCUGGGGGUUCAGUGCCUCGUGCGGUGUCGAUCCGCAGCCUUACUUCCGCAUCUUCAACCCCCUUUUGCAGAGCGAGAAAUUCGACGUCGAUGGCGCGUACAUCCGCAAAUGGGUAUCCGAGCUGAAAGACGUCAAUGGCAACGCAAUCCACGAUCCAUACGGGAGAGGCGCGGAAAUGAUUGCGAAGAAGAAUGGCUACCCACGGCCGAUCGUGGUGCAUAAGGAGGCGCGGGAGAGGGCACUGGCGAGAUACAAGGCCGGCAUAGGCAGAAGUACUGCGUGA